GAGCAGUACAGAGAAUCCGCUCUCGGGUUUUUUCGGAUUUUUCGUAGGUUCAAUCGGGCUUUUUCGUGUGCGGGCAACGUUUCGAGCGCUCCGCAGUAUCAAUGUGUUGGCUUUGAAUGAAUUGAAAAGCGUUCGACUUUACAGUGCACCUGAGUGGUAACACCUUUCCACCGCGGAUUCGAUCGCGCGCUCGAUCGAACCAGCGCAUAAGUGAACAUAAGUGCGUUUGCAGUAUUUCAAUUCCUUGUUGGCCACGUGAAGCGUGCGCGCUGAAAGCUGUUUGUGUGACGCAAAGGACGAAAUCAUGAGCACGGAACAUCCGGCAGCAAGCGAGCUGCUGGCCAACGCCACCGCUGCAUCCACCGCAGCGGGGGCCGCCCUCAGCUCGGCCAAACCGAACAUUCUUGUUCGUCUGACAGACGCACCGGCCGCAGCCCUGGCCAUCGAUCCGAUCAUCAACCACGUAGGCGAUGGUAUCUUCUUACAGGCCAAGACGGCCCAGAUUUUCGCCGGCAUCUGUGUGUGGAUGGCCCUGUUCAUCACGUGUCAGCAGAUCUAUCAACACCUUCGGUGGUACACGAACCCGCAGGAACAGCGAUGGAUCGUCCGAAUACUGUUCAUCGUGCCGAUCUACGCCACCUACUCGUGGGUCAGCUUACUGUUCUUCAACUCGGAGAGCGUUUACGUGUACUUCUUCACCGUACGGGACUGCUAUGAGGCAUUCGUGAUCUACAAUUUCCUGUCUCUGUGCUACGAGUACCUCGGCGGCGAAGGCAACAUCAUGUCGGAGAUCCGCGGUAAACCGAUCAAAUCGUCGUGCCUGUACGGCACGUGCUGUCUGGCGGGCAAAACGUACACGAUCGGCUUUCUGCGGUUCUGCAAGCAGGCCACCCUGCAGUUCUGCCUCGUCAAGCCGCUGAUGGCGUUCAUCAUAAUUUUCUUGCAGGCCUUCAAUCACUACCACGAUGGCGACUGGAGUGCUGAUGGUGGCUACAUUUACAUCACCGUCAUCUACAACAUUUCGGUGUCACUGGCGCUGUACGGGCUGUAUCUGUUCUAUUUCGCCACGCGAGACCUCCUGACACCGUUCGAUCCGGUGCUGAAGUUCUGCACUGUCAAGUCCGUCAUCUUCCUGUCCUUCUGGCAAGGUGUUGGACUGGCCAUUCUGGAAAAGGCAGAGGUCAUCUCGCCGAUCGUUGAUGCCGGAGGAUCGACCACGUCGGCCGGUACGGUGUCGGCGGGCUAUCAGAACUUCUUUAUCUGCAUCGAAAUGCUGUUCGCUGCCAUCGCUCUACGAUAUGCAUUCCCUUAUCAGGUUUACGCGCAAAGCUGUAUGACUGAUGCUCACGGACGAUCGGUGACGAUGCAGUCGAUCUCAAGCAGUCUGAAGGAAACGAUGAACCCGAAAGAUAUUAUGACGGACGCGAUACACAAUUUCCAUCCGCAGUAUCAACAGUACACGCAGUACAGCUCAGGAGGCAAAAAUCCACGCGGCAUCCGUGUGUCUUCGUACGAUCCGGAUGAUCCUAGCUACCAGGUGGCGCAGGGCCAGCAGCAGGGCCACGGUGGCGGCGGCGGAAUGAGUAGCGGAGCUACGACCGGUUCAUACAAUGGCAACAGUGGCGGUGGUAAUGCCGGCGGUGGUCACGCUGCUGGUAGCUACAUCGCCCCACCAACGUUGGGCAGCCAGCGAAAGUUUAUGCCGGGCGCGGUCGUGUCGCAGAAAGUGGCCACCAUCAGCCAGAACUACAAUGAGAAAACUAUGCUCCUAUCGAGCGACGAUGAGUAUCAGUAAAUGCGCCAUUUGCACACGCGUUGCACGUUUUGGUUUCAGGCCGUUCGAAUUCGUUUGUGAAGUUGCAGUCGCUGGUCGUCACUUUGUUCGGUCACUAAUCUGCUUUCGUUUUCGUCCACCAAGGCCACAGCUUCGGUGUGUCGGAGAGUGUGUGUAUAGGCCCCCGUAGUGUUCUGUUUCCUUCUCUGGAUGUCACGUAAACAGUUUGUUAUAGGAAAAUAAGGUGGGACAGAAUCAUAUUACACGUUUUACACACUAAAUUACCACGUUCGGAUCCAGAUUACCAGAGUCACAUUAGAGAGAAUACUAUUCCUAUGUAUAUUUUUUGUCACGAAUGGUAUCACUACUAUCUCACAAAGGCAAACGGGCGGAUGUUAUGGGAUAUGGUAUAGGAACAAGAAUACAAUAAUCCUGCCACAACUUUUAUGAGCGCACUUGCAAAAAUAGAGAGAGAGUGAGAGAGCAUAAAGAACUCCACAGGCGCGAGCCACACACUACAAGCAAAAGGGAGUUGCUUUAGCGCGCUCCCGAUCCGAGAACCGAUUCCGUCGUUAUAGCAGCACACGGCAGUCCGGUGGCUUCGAGGGCCGCGGGAUAAGGAUCGUCGGGCUUUGCCAAUCUGCUUUCCAGUUUUUGCCGGAACCCCUUUCUGGCGCUCCUUUACUCCUCCAGAGUAAGGUUUCCGCGUCCGUCGCCAAAUGUUGCCAAACGAUCAAAUCGAAACAAACAAAUGCACCGGUGAUGAUAAUGUGUUUUGGAUGAAAGAAAAAAAAGCAAACGGGAUGGCCAGAUGAUAGUUGAUAAAUUUAAUGACGUAAAACGAACGCUUCCGCGCAACACCUUCUUCGGGCGCUGCCGAGAGAGUCGGCAUUCGCUGAUCCUUUAACCGUAGCACCAUCUCACCACACAAGAAGGAAGAACUGGACUGUGGCAUAGAAAGGGACUAGUUAGUGUGCUUUAAAAUAUAUAAAAAUAUAUUCUAUAUACCAUACGCCAAACGGAACGGACUAGGGAGAGAGACUAAGGAACUAAGUGGACGCUCGUAAUGACCGUAGAAUCAUAACAAAUAACGUCAACAGAUACUAUUUCGUCGUCAAUAUGCUUAACGGAAGGGAAACCAAAAGAACAGUUGAUUAUCUUUCAAAGAACCGAAACCGACCCCAGUGACGUGAGGCGGCUAUUUUUUCUAGUGGACGCUGCAUGAUGAUGAACAAAACCUGCGGCACCCCAAGGCAUCAUCGUACAAAGAUCGAACCUAUAUACAUGUGCUAUUGAUUCUAAUACAUUACACGAGCCGGACGUAGUCUCCGGGGGAUGUCUACCGGCGGACGGAUCGGAACACAAGGAGCUCGACACACGCAUAGAGCGCGAUCGCUGUCGGUCGGAUCGCAGUUUCAAACAUAACUAGGGAUAAUAAA